UUCUACUCCUGGGUGCGUAGCCAGGAAAUUUUUGUGCAGCUUCAUCCCUCCUGGUAUAUGCCAUGCAUCCCAGUGUAAUCAUCAACGGCACCUCCACUCACUCUCAAAGUGUCUGAUUUGGGCAAUAUGCUGAUUGAUGACCCUAAUGCUUGAUGGAUCAUCACUGUACUGUGUUUUUUUUUUUUUUUUUUUUGCCACCCCACCUUAGACCCCAUUUGCCUGAGAGAAAUGGUCCCUGAUGUCCUACAAUUUCACGACUUGGAGAAGAGCAUCUUGCAUGACAAGAAAAGGGAUGCUCAAUCACUUAAACUAUCUGGAGGCAUUAAUACAAAGUCAGACCUCAUUUGAACUCUUGGAAUACUUCAAGCCUCCUCUGCUUUGUCUUACCCAUCCCAGGUAACCCUCAAGACAUCACUGAGCUGUACAUCUUUGCUGGCCAAGGGCGCUAAUGGAAAAAGCUCUGUUUGAGAGUCCUUCUGGCCCUUAGAUCAGCUGUGAACUUAUCUUCCGUUGCUUAAAUACAGAAGAGGCGUAUGGCUUUUUAAAAUCAAAGUUCUCCAGGGGAAAAUCACGAGUGCUUUGACGGCUGCAGCUGUGCUGACUGUGCCCCUCUCUCUCUGCACAAGUAUUGCUGCCUAACAAGGUGACUGUCAGUGCCCUGCCAAUGUCGCAGCAGAAUCCUGGAAGAAAGUACCCCAAAUGCUGGUCCAAGAUGAUGCAGCGUCUCUGGAGUUAGCAUCUUAAUGAUUAGCAGGUGGAAUAGCAAAAUAAAGCCAGCACUCUCAGAAAUAGCUGUUGGAAUCAUGCAAAAAGUACUCCCCCCUCCUCCUUUUACAGAGAAGCGGCCCCUUUUGGUUUGGAGCAGGGGACUAGGCAGAUCCUUCAUACACAGCAGGGCUGGGUCGGCUAAGAUGAAGCACCCAGAUCUUUGAAUCACCGGAGCGCCCUAGGGGAUGUGUGGCAUUUUCUCCUCUUCUCUUCUUGGUGUCUGGAUUUGCUCGCAGGCAGUCGGGUCUCCCGGGUCUGGCCCUUCCUUGGCUGUGGGCAGGAAGAGGUUACAGCAGCCCGGGAGCCUGCUGGGCUGAGUUGGCACUUCCCCUCCGCAUCCAGAAUAUCUCCCUGGAACGGCCCCCUCUGCAUCACGGUACCGGGGUGGCGGCGCGGGCCAGGGGCCGCGGCGGCAGGUCUCAGUCCCUCUCCGCUGCCCCGCGAGGCGUGGGGAGCAGCAAGGCCGAGGCGUCGGGAGCGGAGAAUAAGCCGGGGACGCCGGCGGGUCCGGAGCUGCUCUGCGCCCGCGCCGCGCGCCUCCCGCGCUCUCCCUUUGGGCGCCCGGCGCGGACCUGGGACCUAGGCGCUCGUUCGGGGACGCGGGAGCCCAGAGCCGGCGCUGCGGACAGCGGGGCGGCGCCCGCAAGGCCAGCUCCCCGGGGAGCCUGGGGCAGCCUCGCGCCCUGCCCGCCUCCCUGGACGGAGACGCCGCGGGGCCUGGGCAGCGCUUUGCCGGCAGCUGGUGCUGGAACGCGGCCGGGGCUGAGCCUCUCCCAGGGAUUCUGCCCAUUCCAGGUGACCCCUGGAGAGGUAGCCCGGGGUGUGGGGGAGGGCGGCAAGUUCCAGCCACGCUUCUGGGCUAAGAGGCUACGACUCCUGGUUAGGAGGAAACUUAGAUUUUUCUUUUGCAUUGAACUGCAGCUGUGCAAGAUUUGCCAAGCCCUAUAGGGUUUCAUUUUUUUACUUGACUGGUGUUUGAGAAAAUCUGCAAGGAAAGGGUGGUGAGGAAAAGAAGCCCUAUAAACUUUGGGGGCGGGGACAUUUUCUUGGAAGUGACAAGUAGCCUCAGAUCUGCAGUUCCUGGGCCAGCGACAGCAUCCUUUGCUCUGCCACUCCGAGGGUCCGGACGCUGCCACAUGACCAACACCAAAGAUCCCAAAAGAGCCAUGGAGUCCACGCUGGCGACAUCCAGCUCUGCCACAGGCCCCGUCACCUUCUCCCACGUCUUUGGUCAGCAGUGCCAACUUAUGCAAGCAGCUGUGCAAUCAUUGCACACGCUUAAUGACCAGAUUUCCCAUUUUAUUGUCACCAAGUCGAAGGCCCUGGAGGAGGACAAAGACCCUUUUCUACCCGCUGAGAAGGAGACUCUGAAGAGUUCCAUGAUACUGAUGAGGCACCUCUUAAUGGAUGCUCAGGCCAAAAUCCUGAGCAUGAUGGAAGACAAUAAGCAGCUCGCGCUCCGCAUCGAUGGGGCGGUCCAGUCGGCCAGCCAGGAGGUGACCAACCUGCGAGCCGAACUCACGGCCACCAACCGGAGACUGGCGGAACUGAGCGGCGGCGGCGGCCCCGGCCCGGGCCCGGGAGCCGCGGCUAGCGCCUCGGCGGCGGCGGACUCGGCGGCGACUAACAUGGAGAACCCCCAGCUCGGAGCGCAAGUGCUCCUUCGGGAAGAAGUGUCACGGCUCCAGGAGGAAGUUCACCUUCUCCGGCAGAUGAAGGAGAUGUUGGCAAAGGACCUGGAGGAGUCACAGGGCGGCAAGUCCUCCGAGGUCCUCUCGGCCACUGAGCUCAGGGUCCAGCUGGCCCAGAAGGAGCAGGAGCUAGCCAGAGCCAAAGAAGCUUUGCAGGCCAUGAAAGCUGACCGGAAGCGCUUAAAGGGCGAGAAGACAGACCUGGUGAGCCAGAUGCAACAGCUGUAUGCCACGCUGGAGAGUCGCGAGGAGCAGCUCCGUGACUUCAUCCGCAACUAUGAGCAGCACCGCAAGGAGAGCGAAGACGCGGUCAAAGCGCUGGCCAAGGAGAAGGACCUGCUGGAGCGCGAGAAGUGGGAGCUGCGACGCCAAGCCAAGGAGGCCACAGACCACGCCGCGGCCCUGCGCUCCCAGCUGGACCUCAAGGACAACCGGAUGAAGGAGCUGGAGGCUGAGCUGGCCAUGGCCAAGCAGUCCUUAGCCACGCUGACCAAGGACGUCCCCAAGCGGCAUUCCCUCGCCAUGCCGGGCGAGACGGUGCUCAAUGGCAACCAGGAGUGGGUGGUGCAGGCGGACCUCCCGCUGACCGCAGCCAUCCGGCAGAGUCAACAGACUCUCUACCACUCACACCCCCCUCACCCCGCGGACCGGCAAGCGGUCAGGGUGAGUCCCUGCCACUCCCGGCAGCCCUCCGUCAUCUCCGACGCAUCUGCCGCCGAAGGCGACCGGUCGUCCACACCCAGCGACAUCAACUCCCCUCGACACCGGACGCACUCCCUCUGCAACGGCGACAGUCCCGGCCCAGUUCCGAAGAACCUGCACAACCCUAUUGUACAGUCACUAGAGGAUCUUGAAGACCAAAAACGGAAAAAGAAGAAAGAGAAGAUGGGAUUUGGCUCCAUCUCCCGCGUCUUCGCCAGAGGGAAGCAGCGGAAGUCCCUCGACCCCGGCCUCUUUGAUGACUCGGACAGCCAGUGCAGCCCCACACGGCAGAGCCUCAGCCUGUCGGAAGGUGAGGAGCAGAUGGACCGGCUGCAACAGGUGGAGCUGGUGAGGACCACCCCCAUGUCCCAUUGGAAGGCGGGCACCGUCCAGGCCUGGCUGGAAGUGGUGAUGGCCAUGCCCAUGUACGUCAAGGCCUGCUCAGAGAACGUGAAGAGUGGGAAGGUGCUGCUGAGCCUGAGUGACGAGGACUUGCAGCUGGGCCUGGGCGUGUGCAGCUCCCUGCACCGGCGAAAGCUGCGCCUGGCCAUCGAGGACUACCGCGAUGCCGAGGCGGGCCGCAGCCUGUCCAAAGCUGCCGAGCUGGACCAUCACUGGGUGGCCAAGGCCUGGCUGAAUGACAUCGGUCUGUCCCAGUACUCCCAGGCCUUCCAGAACCACCUGGUUGAUGGGCGGAUGCUGAAUUCCCUGAUGAAGCGAGACCUGGAGAAGCACCUGAACGUGUCCAAGAAAUUCCACCAGGUCAGCAUCCUGCUGGGGAUCGAGCUGCUGUACCAAGUGAACUUCAGCAGGGAGGCCCUCCAGGAGCGCCGAGCCCGCUGCGAGAUGCAGAACACUGACCCUGUGGUGUGGACCAACCAGCGGGUGCUCAAGUGGGUUCGAGACAUUGACCUGAAGGAGUACGCAGACAACCUGACCAACAGCGGUGUCCAUGGGGCUGUGCUGGUGCUGGAGCCAACGUUCAACGCUGAGGCCAUGGCCACAGCCCUGGGCAUCCCCAGUGGGAAACACAUCCUCCGGAGACACCUGGCGGAGGAGAUGAGCGCCAUUUUCCACCCAGCUAACUCCACUGGCAUCCGGGAGGCUGAGCGUUUUGGAACACCCCCUGGCAGGGCCUCCAGCGUCACACGGGCAGGGAAGGAGGAGAACAGCAGCGGUCUCAAGUACAAGGCUGGCCGGCUGCCCCUGGGGAAGAUAGGAAGGGGCUUCAGCAGCAAAGACCCCGAUUUCCAUGACGACUAUGGCUCUCUUCAAAAUGAAGAUUGCGGAGAUGAUGACCCCCAGAGCAGGCUGGAACAGUGCCGCCUGGAAGGCUACAACAGCCUGGAGGUCACCAAUGUGUAAGGACCUGGUGGUUCCACCAGACCCAUCACGAGAGACCCAGGAAGGAAGAGCAGCCAGAUGGCCCCAGGGGUCGUUCCCACUGUACAUAGCGGCUGCAGGCUAAGGAUGUCCCCUGCUCCUGGGCAAAAUUCCAACGAACUCUGUGGUUUCAGAUGCACAGCGCCCAGGAGAGAAGACACCAGCACACCUGCCUUGGGUGAGCCAUGGACUUCCCUGCUCAACUGGAGACUGGCCCAGAGGACCUGUCACAGUGUCCAGCCCCGCCUCCAUCCAGGAUACGCAGGCCCCACUUCAGAGUGGCCGUCACUGUGGAGCAGCCAAGCAGUCCCUGGAGCCUUAAACUGAGCUGCCAAGGUGGGAAGAGGCCCACAGUUUCCCAAAACACCCUUCUAGAAGGAGCAGGGGGGACCCCAACCCCACACCCCAGCACCCAGUGCACUGGCAGCACUCAGAGCGGGCAGAUCUGGGUGCAGGAAGUGCUGCCUCUUGCCAAGAUGUCGGACAGGGCAGGGGUGGGGGACGCUGCAGCCUCCUUGCCCUCCUUGACCAAGAACUUGGGUCCUGAUCUGACUCCCUAAAUCUCUCUUGGGAGAAUGUAAAAUGGGGGCUGGUCAUUCCUUUCACCUGAAAAGCUCUGCGACGCAUGGGGGUGGAUGUGUUGAAGAGCUGUUUGCUGAUCCACCCCGGAGUGGCUACACUGAGGGGAUACCAGGGAAUGAUCCGUGUAGGGGUGGGACCUAGCAGCCACAUUUCUAGGAGAUGCAGAUAUCCUAUCACCAAUAUUAAAGAUACUGGGACGACAAGAUCAGGGAUGGCCGAUGGCCCCAUAUGGUGAAUCUCUGGCCUGUGACUUGAUUUCGUUGAGAUUCUAAACCCCAUUAUCUUCACUCAGUGACAAUGGUAUGGAGCGUGGUGGUAAGUCUGGGAUCUGGGGCAGAGAAAUGCUUGACAUGUUAACCCAACAAACCUGUGAUGUCCCUGUCACCUGAAACACAGGAAUGCUCACCAAGGUCCUAGCCGAGACACAGACUCCACAGAGCAAAGUUAUUCAGUGCUGGUGGGGAGAACCCCAGCCCUUUUCUUGACCUGCCACUGUUAAGCUGUGUGGCUUCUUCCCAGUGGCCUCACCUCUCUGUGCCUCAACGUCUUCAUCUAUAAUACUUCUGGUUCCCUCCCAGGGCCAUUGUGAGGAUUAACACUUGCUAAUAUCUGUAACACACUUUGUAACCUCUCAGGAGACAAUGGGAAGUUACGGGGUAGCCAAUUUCCCAUUUACAACACAGACAUACAUGGAGCUAGUUCUCUCCAACUGUGUUUCGGUUGGAGCAGCGUGCAAAAGGAGGACAAGAAAUGUUUAAUGUUCAGACUCGCCAAAAGCCUCCAAUGGGGCUCAAGAAAUACAUAAAUCCCAUCAGCCCGGCCUUGAAAGCCAGUGCAACUCAAGCCUUUGGGCUUCAGUUCACUGACCAGACGACAGCCACCUGAUGAUUAGGGAAGGAUGGAAGCAUCGCAAUUCUACUUACAUAUUGGGUAAUCAAAGCAAGUCACUUGUUGGAACCGUGAUGCUCGGCCUUCUUCGAGGCCGUGUGCACUGGGGCUUGAGUUUCCAAGAUUCGCAACAGCCUCUGAGAACCACCAAAGCGUGUGUUCUUCAACCUGCCAAAUUGUUUCCUCUUGUGGGGGACAAGCUCGAGAAGUACUCCUCUCUCAUGCCGAAGACCAUGGCUUUCCCCACAACGACAUAAGCAUGGCCUUUCUUGCUAUUUGAGACCAAAUGCCUAGUUGGCAGACAGGUAGGUGCUUGGCCUCCUAAGGGACACACUUCCAAUCCUGGGCCCCAGGUGGUGAAUCUCUGGCACGUGGCUUGGCUUUGCUGAGAUUCCAGAUUCCAUUAUCUUCAUGACAUCCAGCCUCAUCCGCUGGGUCCUGAAGCUGCAGUCCACAGCUCAGAGAGGGGAGGUGAGACCUCCCUCCAACCUGGUGCCGCAAGUCACUCCCAAGCCACAUCCAGCCUGGAUGACCUGGCACCCCGGAAUCUGUCUUUCGGGAGGCAGCAACAGCAGCGUGCCCAGGCAGGCAGCUAUUCUCGAAGAGUGAGCCAGCAUUGAGCAGAGCACCUGAAUCAGCUGAUGAUUUGAAACCAACAUUCACCCAGGUUGUCAGAAAUGGCACAUUGUUUCCAGCCUGGAUCCUGCUGGGGACAUGUGUACAAUUGGGGGUCCCUGGCAGAGACGGUAUUGCCCAAAACAUUCACAGCAGGAGGCCAGCAGACCUGGGGCAACACGGGCAACUGCAAACGCCUCUUGUGAUUUAAAUUAUGCCAUCGCAGCCCUCUUUCACCCAUGAGGCUCCCCAUCCCUGGCAGCCAAGUGAGCACUUGGAGCUGGUUCCUCAACAUGAGGUUGGGUUGAUGGUGAAAUUAACAACCUAGGCCGGGCGCGGUGGCUCACGCCUGUAAUCCCAGCACUUUGGGAGGCCGAGGCGGGUGGAUCGCGAGGUCAAGAGAUCAAGACCAUCCUGGUCAAUGAGAUGAAACCCCGUCUCUACUAAAAAUACAAAAAUUAGCUGGGCGCGGUGGUGCGCACCUGUAGUCCCAGCUACUCGGGAGGCUGAGGCAGGAGAAUUGCUUGAACCCAGAAGGCGGAGGUUGCAGUGAGCCAAGAUCGUGCCAUUGCACUCCAGUCUGGGUAACAACAGCGAAACUCCGUCUCAAAAAAAAAUAAUAAUAAAAUAAAAUAACCUCCACAGUCAGAUUGGGUGAGCUUUGACUGACUGCUGGAAAAACCCGAAAUGUCAAGUCUGCUUCAAGGGUGGGCAAGAAGAACAGAAGGUGGAGACUUGGCAGAGAGGCUCAAGCUAAUUGUCAAAGGAUACAGAAGGGCCAGCUACAGGACAGUGACCUGCUAUGCCUGUCUGAGCAGCCAGAGUGUGGUCUUGGUCCCUGCAGGGCAAUGUGGCAUCUGGACCUGGGGACAAUGUGGAUGUGCUUCUUGGAAAGCUGUGCCCAUGGGCGCAGAAGGCACUGUCUGGUAGACUCUCAGCUUCCUGACCCCCUCUGCCAGGCCCCUUUGACCUUGGCAGAGUGGGACCUUUCUUUUAGAACUCUGUCUAUCUCUCAUGCUGUUUUCAGACCCCAGGCUACAGAGGAGGGGAGAAGCCACAUGACAACCUGGACCCAAUAAAGUGAAGAGAAGGGCAUCUCUGCACAGCCUGGCCAGCGUGGAGGGCCCCAGAACAGGGACUCAAAACCUUGAGGUCACUGAACAGGGCUGGGUACUGGCAGAACAGGAAGAUUUGGCCAGAUGUGACCUCAGCAUUCCCUCCAGGGGCACCCACACCCCUCUGACCUAGGGAGAAGAAGGUCCAUAGUCAGGCCCACCCAUCAGAGCCCAGGCUUCCUGGGUCCCACCACUUCCACUCUGCAUUCUGAGGCUCUGGAAGGCUCUUCUUGUUGUGAAUGGAGGGAAGAAAACCUGUGGGCAAUGGCAACCUCUGAGUCUGGCAUUCUUGCCGAUGGCUGGCCAGCGAGAAGAACCUCCCGAGCCUUGACACACAAGGGCAUUUGGUGGCUGCAGAUGAAAUGAGCUGGCUCUGGACAAAGAUGUGGUUCCUAGGGCGGCGGCCCGAAUCAAUUCCCCGAGAGUGAAUAUUAACACUGUAACAAUAAAUACUACUGCACAGGCUUUAA